AUGGCUAACCGGGGUUAUGAUGUGGUUGUAGAUGUGGACGCCGAGGGCGACCUCGGCCAUACCGACCUCCAGGAAGACCUGGAAUUCCAUCCUUCCAAUUUCGAGAACGACCAACGCAGCGCUAAAGCGCAACAAGACUCUGCGCCUUUCCUCGGCGGAGGUUCCUCGCGUGGCCGUGACCGGUCCCCCGGAGGCACGCCAACUAAGCAUACCUGGUGGUCGAUCCACUACUACGCCCAGUUCUUCGACGUCGACACGAACGAGGUCCUGCGACGAUGCGUGGCGGCCGUUUACCCUCGCAGCAACUUCCUCGACGUCCUCGAAGGCAACGCCGACCUCUACGGCCCGUUCUGGAUUGCGACAACCGUGGUGGUGAUUCUCUUCUUGACGGGAACUAUUUCGCAAUGGCUUUCGAACAACGACGAUGACCAUUUUGAAUACGAUUUCACUCUGUUGUCGGGGGCUGCCGGCCUGGUCUACGGAUACACGGGCCUUCUGCCCAUCGCUUUGUGGGGGGCCCUACGCUGGUUCGGUAGCUCCACUGCUGACCUGAUCGAGUGCUGGGCGCUGUACGGGUAUUCGAACUUGAUCUGGAUUGCGGUCGCGCUGGUCAGCUGGAGCCCCUUGACUGCUCUGAACUGGGCCCUGGUUGGGGUUGGGUUUGGCUGGACCGUCUUCUUCUUGCUACGCAACUUGUAUCCGGUCCUGAGUGCCACGGAUGCCAAGGCGAGCAAGAUCCUGUUGGUCCUGGUCAUCAUCCUGCAUGCGGGUUUCGCUAUUGCCAUCAAGAUCUUUUUCUUCGCCCACGGGAGCCCCGUGUCGAAGAAGAACAAAGACCACGAUGAUGAUGACCACCACGAUAAGAGACAUAUGCUGGGGAUGUACUAA